AUGAAAUCACUGCUUUCCUCAAAGUUCACAGCCACCUUCCCAACAUUGAUGAUGGUGAUGGUACUUUCGUUGUUAGUACUACUCUUCUCCAAUCUCUGUUUGCCUGUUUUCAGCAUGGCAACAGCUUCAAAUAUUGAAUCCCAAGGGAAAGCUCUUCUUCAAUGGAAGGCCACUCUUGAAACACAAGAACUUCUUAACACCUGGACAUCAAAGACAAGUCCAUGCAAUUGGACUGGAAUCACUUGCAGAAAUGAUGGCCAUCUCAUGCCAACCAUCACCAGGGUCCAAUUGGAACAAUUGGGACUAGAAAGGAAACUGGAGAUUCUCAACUUCUCAGCUCUGCCAUCACUCAGAGUUCUCAACCUUAGCAACAACCAUAUACAUGGAUACAUCCCUGCAUCCAUUUCAGCUCUCUCCAAGCUCGCCAUUCUUGAUCUCUCUAACAACAAGCUCACAAGCGUCAUCCCAUCAGAGUUUGGCAUGUUGCCGAAUGAAAUGGCAAACCUCACAAAUUUAAUUAUUCUUGAUUUGUUCAACAACAAUCUUUCUAGUAACCUACCACCAAAUUUGGUUAAAGGCAGUUUGCUUCAAUAUCUUGGGUUGGGAUAUAAUAAUUUCCAAGGUCUCAUUCCCAUAAGUUUGAAAAAUUCAACAAACUUAUCCAGGUUCCGGCUUGACAGAAACCUAUUUAUUGGAGAUGUCUCUCAAAGCUUUGGUGUUCAUCCGCAUUUGGAUUAUAUUGAUGUAAGUUUUAAAAAACUGUCCGGCACUUUAUCACCAACUUGGGGAGCAUGCCUUAACUUGACAAGUCUUAAAAUAUCAGGCAACAGAAUUAAUGGAAAAAUACCAUGGGAAAUUGUUCAAUUGUCAAAGUUGCAACUACUUGACAUCUCUUCUAAUAAUUUGAAUGGGAAAGAUCCCAAGAGGGUUCGGAAAAUUAUCUCACUUAUUUCACUUGAACAUGGGAAAUAA